AGGCCGUACGGCGGAAGUGUAGAAAUGGUCUCUCGGGAAGAUGGCAGCCUCGGUCCGGCCAAAAAUUGAUGGGCAGGUGCAGUGACCAGAAGGUAAGUCUCACAGCACGAGCGGCCGUUCGGAGGCUGAGGCACGAAGGAGCUGCUCGCCGAGCUCAGGGAGAGGUCGGAGGCACAGAUAAAGGUCUCUGGAGAGAUUGGAGAAAGGGCGGUUUCGGAGGGGGACGCUGAGCUCUAGACUCCAGGCCCUGUCCCCUGAGCUCUGCCCUCCUAUGUCCACCGUCCACAGCCUGCAUGCGCCGUGGGGCGCCCCAGGACCAGGAGCUGGUGGGCCCGGGGGCUCCUGGGCGGGGGUCCCGGGGCGCCCCUCCUCCCUCGGGACUUGUCCCGGUCCUCGUCUUUCCCCCGGACCUAGUAUUCAGGGCGGACCAGCGGAGCGGACCCCGUCAGCUGCUGACCCUCUAUAACCCCACGGGAGCUGCGCUUCGCUUCCGAGUCCUGUGCACAGCACCUGCCAAAUACACGGUGUUUGACGCAGAAGGAUAUGUGAAACCUCAAUCCUGCAUUGACAUUGUGAUUCGCCACGUGGCCCCCAUUCCCAGCCACUAUGACAUCCAGGACCGCUUCCGCAUUGAGCUGUCUGAGGAGGGAGCUGAGGGUCGAGUGGUGGGGCGCAAGGACAUCACCUCAGUUCUGAGGGCCCCAGCCUACCCCCUUGAGCUUCAGGGACAGCCUGACCCAACACCCCACCCAGGGCCUCCUUCCUGGACAGCACCACCCACGGCCAGACACUUCCCAGAGAACCGCCCCCCACAACUGGCCACCAGCUCCUUCCUCCUCUUCUUGCUGACGGGCAUAGUCUCUGUGGCCUUCCUGCUGCUCCCACUCCAGGACGAGCUUGGCAGCCAGCUGCCCCAAAUCCUGCACGUCUCCCUGGGACAGAAGUUGGUGGCAGCGUACAUCUUGGGACUCCUCACCAUGGUGUUCCUUCGGACCUGAGCUCCCUGCUCAACCUCCCCCCACCUCCUGGGGCAGGGACUUGGACAUGCACAUGAGACAGCCACUCUGAUGCUCAUGCCUCGCCUCAAUUCCUCCUCCUCUUCUUCCUGCCCAUCCGCCCUCCCCCAGGCACCCAGGGAUUUGUAUUUUCCAAAUUGAAUAAAAUAAAUUUUUAAAAUUAAACUGAGAAAUGGAGGGAGCAGCCCCUUUCUUCCCACUUCUUUCCUCCAGUUCCUCCUCCCAGCUGCAGGGGACCCAGGAAUGAGGGGGCAGUCAAGGGGCCCAGUGAGGAUACAGAAGACCUGGGUUCCAGUCCUGGUGCCACACCGGGAAAACCGUGUGACCUUGAGCAAGUCAUUGAACUUCUCUGAGGUUCUAUUUCCACCUCUAAAAUGAGGGAAUUGGGCAAGCAGAUUUUUAAGGGCCCCUUUAGCCCCCCAAAUAGGGUCCUAUCCCUAAGCUGAUAUACUUAAACUACAAAGUUUAAGUAUAAAUCCUGCUUGAUCCGCCUACUGCAGACAUCAUCUCAUAGUCUUGAGCCAUCAGAGCCUCUUGCCAGGGUUGCCUAGAUGCUUCCAAUACCCAGAAUCCUUUUCUGCUUCUUGACCCUUUAUCUGCCUUAUUUUGUCUCUCCCUUUAAGACUUCAUCUCGGGCGCCUGGGUGGCUCAGUUGGUUAAGCGACUGCCUUCGGCUCAGGUCAUGAUCCUG